GCAGAAACAGAGCAGCAUCAGAUAAAGAGAAAGAUAAAUAAUGUAGAGUAGUAGAGGAAACAUCAUUCAAAAACCAGCCUUAAGCUCAUCUCUGGAAAUGAGUGAAGGAUUAUAUACAGUUAUCAGUGGGGUCCGUGACUUCCUAAAGGAGUACUUUCAAGGUUUCUGGGACUAUGAGACUCCUAAGAUGAUGGUGAUCAAGAACAGACCUCUUGGAGUCAUUUACAGAGCUGUUCAGUUUCUGGUGAUCACCUAUUUCAUCUGGUAUGUUUUUAUAAGUCAAAAAGCAUACCAGGAGAGCGAGACCCAUCCAGAAAGCUCUGUUUACACUCGUAUGAAGGGCAAAGCAGUGCACGGGGAUGACGUCCUGGAUAAUGUGGAGUACUCUCAUCCCCCGGAGGGAGUUGAUGUCAUCAGCACAAUAUUGAGAAGAGAAUUCACUUAUGAUCAGAGGCAAGGUACCUGCCCUGAGCAUUUCAGUGUAGACAACGCCAACUGUACUUCGGACUCUGACUGUUUUCCAGGCUUACCAAACUUUGAUAGUCAUGGUAUUAGGACUGGCAGAUGUGUUCAGUACCACAACUACACUUUCAAAACGUGUGAAAUCAUGGCUUGGUGUCCUAUUGAACAGUAUGCUGUAGUCCGAGAAUCACCCUUAGUGGAGGCUAUUAAUUUCACACUGUUCAUCAGGAACUCCAUCCACUUCCCCAAAUUUAAAGUGUUUAGGGUAAAUGUUGAUAGUCCCCCAGGGAUGAAAACUAAAAAAUACCUCAAGAAGUGUCAUUAUCAUGAGGAGAAAGCGCCUUACUGCCCAAUCUUCCGCUUGGGUUACAUUGCGAAUCAAGCAAGGGAGAAUUUCACCGAGCUCUGCAGGACUGGGGGAGUGAUCGGCGUUUUCAUCAACUGGGAUUGUAACCUCGAUCUGGAUCCUUCACACUGCAAACCUAUUUAUACAUUUCGUCGUCUUGACCCACGAAAGGAUCUGGCCGACUCUGGUUACUACUACAGGUUUGCCAAGUAUUAUGAUAAGAAUGGUGUGGAGUCUCGGACCCUCAUCAAGGCUUAUGGCAUCCGUCUAGACAUCAUAGUUCACGGACAGGCUGGAAAAUUUAGUGUCAUUCCAACCAUCAUCAGCACAGUGACAGCUCUGACCUCCGUUGGGAUUUGCAGUAUUAUCUGUGACUGGAUCAUGCUUACAUUUAUCGACAAGAAUGAAGUCUACAGGGAGAGAAAGUUUGAUGAAGUGAGUAAAAAGGUGAAGGAACCCACAGACACAAUUCACACUGAGUUCAGUUUCAUCAGGAGCUUUGGUUCAAACCAUUCAGACCUGUCCGACGGCGUUCCGCUCUGAUGACUCCGAGUUGCUUAAACUCUCCUCCUCCAACCUGAUGAGGACAACAGCAGCAUUUCAGUUUAGGAUCUAAAGUGUCUACAGAAGUCCAGAGUUGGUGUCACAAAACACUACUACAAAAGUAAUCACAGCCCCUGAAACUUUUUCACAUUUUGUCACAUUAUAACCAAAAACUUCUGUAUAUUUUAGUAGGAUUUUAUGGAUAACCAAACACGCGGUAUUGCAUAAAGGUGAAGUGGAAUGAAAAUAAUACAUACUUUCCUUUUACUUCUCACAAAUAAAUUGUCAUGCAUAUACAUUCUGUCACCCUGAGUUAAUACUUUGCAACUCUACCAGCUUUGGACAGUUAGAGAUUGAACUUUUUGACCAUAGAACAUCAAAUUUCAAGCCUUGGCACAGAUUCUAAAUUGGAUUUAGGUCUGUACUUUAAAUGGUCCAUUGUAAUAUAGGAACAGUUUUUGUUCUAAACCUCUCCAUUGUGUCUCUGGGUGUGUGCUCAUGGUCGUCGUCCUGUAGGAAGGAGACCCUCUGCCACAGUUUCUAAGUCUUUAAAGCCUCUAACAGAUUUUCUCCUGUGUUUAGCUCCAUCCACCUUCCCCUCAACAUAGGCCAGCUCCACUGUACCUGCUGAAAAAAAGCAUGAUGCUGCCGACAGUAAUGUUUCAACAGUGAGGAUAGUAUGUUCAGGGUGAGGUGUGGCGAUAGUUUCCCUCCACGCACAGCAUUUUACCGUAAAAGUUCACUUUUAGCCUUAUCUGACCAGAGCACCUUCUGCUCCCUGUUUGCUGUAUCUACUGCAUGGCUAGUGGAAAACCUUGGAUUGCCAUUACAUUUUGGAUGGAUCGAACAGUGCUCCAUAAGAUAUACAAAGCUUGGAGUAAUGUUUUUGAACUCUAACCCUGCUUUAACAUUGUCCACAACCCUCCUCCUGAUUUGUCUGCUGUGUUUCUUGGUCUUCAUGAUUAAAUACCAGGUAUCAUUUUCCUUCCACUUCACAAUUACUCACUAUUUUGUGUUGGUCUUUUACAUUAAAUCACAAUAAAAGUAAAUUUUAUGUGACAAACACAGAAAAAGUUUGAAAUGUAAGAAAACCUUUGCACGGAACAGUGUUAAUGGGAAUGAACCGAGGAAUGAGGACCACAUGCUGAUGAUCUGACGUUCUCACGUGUUGUUCUCAGUAAAACAGUUUUUGCACAGCAAAACAGGUUUUGUGCAUAGAUUGUUUCAAGCCUUAAUGGGCUUUCAUCUGUUCGCCACCAGAAUGAAACCUGUCUUCCUUUACCUUCAGAAAACAUGUAUAUUCACAUGUAGAGAAUUUUCUUACAAUAAUUAUAGCACUUUCAAAGCAGAAAAAUAUGGUAGAAGCGAUUUAAAAACCAUGAAAACUGUUCCCUUGUAUCUCAAACAUUCAGCCCAAUAAUUAAUAAAUAUCCUUUUUAAAACUCA